AUGGAGUCAUGUAGCGUUGCCAGGAUAAUGAGCUUAGGGAAGCUUGCUAUACACAGGACGUAUUUGUGCAACCGAAUCUUCAGAAAUUUGCCAAAGCUGCUAGGCUUCACUCCCAGCUCACUGAAGAAGUUCUGCAAAGUUGAACAUGUUGAGCUACAACUGACCAAGAAGGCUACACUGGGCACAUUGCCGGAGCUGCCUCCGGACAUCUUGAUGGGUAUCUUUGCCACCCUUGAGAUCCCUGACCUCGUGCGUGCCGGCUCUGUCUGCUCCUCCUGGCGCUCCGCAUACACAAGCCUAUGGAACCUUGGGCAGUACAAUCUCCAGCAGACCCCAUGCCUCCUCUAUAAUAUACUCCUGUACACUUCCGAAUCCAUCGGUGAGAGUGUUGCGUGCCUCUACAGCCACGCAGAGAAGAGGUCGUACAAGUUAACUCUCCCGGAGCCGCCUAUACGCACUAGGUGUUUGAUCGGGUCCUCACAUGGCUGGCUGGUAACUGUUGAUGACAGAUCUGAGAUGCACCUCGUCAAUCCCAUCACAUGUGAACAGAUUGCUCUCCCAUCAGUGAUCACCAUCGAGCAGGUGAACCCCAUAGUUGAUGAGUAUGGUGCUCUCCACAAGUAUGAAUUCUCAUGGCACACUGGAGCCUGUGGUGUUUAUAGCUCGCCAUCAAUCUUCGCUCUUGACAAGCUGCGGCAUGAACUCCACUAUAAAGCGUUUGUUUUCCCUGAUACAUCCACUGGAAGCUACAUUGUCGUGCUCAUCCAUAAUCCAAUGCGUCAGCUCUCUUUUGCAAGGGUUGGGGAUGAUAAGUGGACCUGGUUGCCACCUUAUGAUGACUAUAAGGACUGUACUUACAAGGAUGGCUUGUUGUAUGCUGCAUGCACUUACAAGGGAGAACUUCACACCUUUGAUCUUAGUGGCCCUGUGGUCACAAGGAAGACGAUUAUAAGCAUACCCAGGGAGUAUGAAUGUGAGUACAUGUACGUUGUUCAAGCUCCAUGGGGUGGUCUGCUACUUAUAUGGAGGAUCUUUGAGGAUCAUAAUGUAGAACCUGAACCUGGGGCAUCUGUGUUUUGGAACACUACGGAAUAUAGAAUAUAUGAAUUUGACGCUGAAAGAAGUGAACUUAAGGAAAUCAAUUGCUUGCGUGACCAUGUGUUGUUUCUUGGGCAUAAUCAAUCACUUUGUCUUGGUGCUGAAGAAUAUCCAUGUCUCAGGGCAAAUCAUGCCUACUUCACCGAUGAUAAUUCUUUAUGGACAUGUGGAUUGCCGAAUGAUCACCGUGAUAUGGGAGUUCUUAACUUGGAUGAUAACAGCAGGGAGGACCUUGUGUCUCCGCAGCUUUGGUCAAACUUUCCGGCUCCAAUGUGGAUUACACCUGAUCUUCGAAAGAUGAACUUGGCUUCAGAGGGAGAUUGA